CAGCGCACCCUCGAUUCCGUCUCCUCUUUUCCUCAUCGUCAAGACGUCAAGCACAAAAACUCCACAGUCCAGAUCCGGAAGAAAGAAGCAGUAGCCGGCGAUGACUUCAGAUGGCCGUGCUGCUGGAAAAAUGGCCGAGGGAGGUAUGGAGACGAAGACGACCCCUCUCCUGACGCCGUACAAGAUGGGCGAAUUCAGCCUGGCGCACAGGGUUGCUCUAGCGCCGCUGACCAGGUGCCGGUCGUACGGGAACCUUGCGCAGCCGCACAACGUCAUCUACUACGAGCAGAGGGCGGCGCCGGGCGUGCUCCUCAUCGCGGAGGCCAACGCCGUGUCGGAGACCGCGCGGGGCUACCCGAACGUGCCCGGCCUGUGGAGCGACGAGCAGGUGGAGGCGUGGAAGCCGGUGGUCGACGCCGUGCACGCCAAGGGCGCCGUCUUCUUCUGCCAGAUAUGGCACACGGGCCGCGUCUCCCCCACAGAGUUCCAGCCUAAUGGGCAGGCCCCGGUCUCAAGCACGGACAGGCAAGUCACCCCUCAUGUCGGCCAUGACGGCACGGUCCUGGAGUUCGCCGCCCCUCGGAGACUGGAAACGGAGGAGAUACCCCACAUCGUCAACGACUUCCGGAUCGCCGCCAGAAAUGCCAUCAGAGCUGGAUUUGACGGAGUGGAGAUCCACGCGGCCAACGGGUACCUGAUCGACCAGUUCAUGAAGGAUGGCGUCAACGACCGUACUGAUGCGUACGGGGGCAGCCUGGAGAAUCGCUGCCGCUUCGCCACCGAGGUGAUUGCAGCCGUGACCGACGAGGUCGGCGCGGGCCGCCUCGGCGUCCGGCUCUCCCCGUUCGCCGACUACGUGGACUGCGUCGACUCCGACCCGGAGACGCUUGCCCUGCACGUCAUACGCUUCAUGAAUGGGCUUGGGGUCCUCUACUGCCAUGUGAUCGAGCCGCGGAUGUGCGUCAACGAGAACGACGGCAGCCUGAUGAUCCCGCACCGCCUGUUGCCCUUCAGGAAGACCUUCAAGGGCACGUUCAUGGUGAAUGGAGGGUAUGACAGGGAAGAAGGGGACAAGGCUAUCGCCGAUGACUAUGCCGACCUGGUCGCGUACGGGCGGCUCUUCUUGGCGAACCCCGACCUGCCGGAGAGGUUCAGGAAGAACGCGGCGCUGAACAAGUAUGACAGGAGUACGUUUUACACCUCUGAUCCCAUUGUUGGCUACACAGACUACCCGUUUCUUGAUUUGCCUUAGCUAAGCUAUCUCAAAGAUGGGUUGUCUGAAUCCACCAUGGUUUGUUAGUUUGCACGGAUAUAAAAUCUUCACAAAACAUGAAUUGGAUGGGUUGUCUGAUCCUGCUUGAGGGUGUAUUAUUAUAGAUAGGGUUUUUUCUAUGUCUCAGUGCGACGCGCUCCAGUUACAUUUCCUUUUAAACUGUGGUUAUACUUUAUUUUUUGGUGGUGUGCUAAUUGGGUGAACAUACAAGUUAUUUUACCUCUUGCUACGGAGUUCUUUGUAUUCAAAACUAGCAUUUUGCCUUCAAAGCAUCUCA